CUCUUCCAUCACCAUCCUCGAGCCAUUGCCACGCCACUACCAUGCCUGCGCUCUCGUCCAAGGCGUCAAGCCUUGUGUGCCAAUGUGUGCGCACGCCAUUGACCUCAACGGCCAUCCGCGCAUCCGCCGCGGCGUCUAUGCAGCAACGACGAUCCUUGUCCGAGGUGUCGACGACAAGCUCCUUCGACAGCCCUUUCAAGGGCAUGGGUGGCAGGGAGACCACAAAUAUUCCUAGCUUUGCUAAAUACAAGAGCAGCAGUGGAGAACAGACGAACAGGCUUUUCCAGUACUUCAUGGUGGGCACUAUGGGCGCCAUAUCUGCCAUGGGUGCCAAGGCAACGGUGCAAGACUUCCUCGUUAACAUGUCCGCCUCCGCCGAUGUCUUGGCCAUGGCCAAGGUCGAGGUCGAUCUUUCUGCGAUCCCAGAGGCGAAGAACGUCAUCAUUAAAUGGCGUGGAAAGCCCGUUUUUAUCCGUCACCGCACUCAGGAGGAAAUCGAUGAAGCCAACAAAGUCGACUGGCAGAAGCUGAGAGACCCCCAGCCAGACGAGGACCGAGUCAAGAGGCCGGAAUGGUUGGUCAUGCUUGGUGUUUGUACUCACCUCGGCUGUGUUCCCAUCGGCGAGGCAGGUGACUUUGGCGGUUGGUUCUGCCCCUGCCAUGGUUCGCAUUAUGAUAUCUCUGGACGCAUAAGGAAAGGCCCGGCACCUCUGAACUUGGAGGUUCCUGUGUAUGAUUUCCCCGAUGAGAACAGCCUGGUCAUUGGUUAAAUGCACGGUGCCGAGAGGAAAGAAACCUAGAAGCAUGGCAUGUAUUCAUAAACUUUACUUUGCUUCAAAUCCGUGGUAGAAGAGCUGUGAGAUAGAGCAUAGCAAGUUCUAAAUGUACAGUUCUUUAUUCUCCUGUGUUGAUCAAAUAUGCAAUUCAGUAACAAGCUGGUUAUACGCCAUCCGAUUUAAUCGUACUUUUAACUGCAUAUCGUCUUCGGACAUUUCAAUUAAUGUUGCAUCAAGAACAAUUCGAAUGUCGCUACACUUGUUCUUGCUCGGGCUAGUCCUGCAUUCCAACAUGCUUUCUGUUGUACACUUCAAUC